CGCUGAUUGGCUGCCAGGGAGCGGGGGGGCGGAGCGCUGCCGGCUCGGCCAUGGCGGCGUACGCGCGGCUCGGGGCUGCCAAGGUGCCGCUGCUGGGGCUCGGCACAUGGAAGUCCCCCCCAGGUAAGGUGGAAGCUGCAGUGAUGGCUGCCAUCGAUGCCGGGUAUCGCCACUUUGACUGCGCCUACGUGUACCAGAAUGAGAAGGAAAUUGGGCGUGGGAUCCACCAGAAAAUCAAGGAAGGUGUCGUGAAACGAGAGGACCUCUUCAUCGUCAGUAAGCUGUGGUGCACAUUUCAUGAGAAGCCUCUGGUGAAGGGAGCCUGCCAGAAGACUCUUGCUGACCUGAAACUGGAUUACCUGGAUCUCUACCUCAUCCACUGGCCUUUUGGGUUCAAGGUAGAAGAGGGGCUGUUUCCCACAGGCAUGGCUAUCCCCAGCAACACUGAUAUUCUACAGACAUGGGAGGCCAUGGAAGAACUGGUGGAUGCUGGUCUGGUAAAAGCCAUUGGAAUAUCCAACUUUAACCGUGAGCAGACUGAAAGAAUCUUGAACAAACCAGGACUGAAGUACAAGCCUGCAAAUAACCAGAUUGAGUGUCAUCCAUACCUUUCCCAGGAGAAGCUGAUCAACUAUUGCCAAUCCAAAGGGAUCACUGUGACAGCAUACUGUCCCCUUGGCCGUCCUGAUGGUUCUAAGCCAGAGGCACCUUCCCUUCUGGAUGAUCCCAAGAUCAAAGAGAUUGCAGCCAAGCACAACAAAACCCCAGCACAGGUUCUCCUUCGCUUCCAGAUCCAGAGAAAUGUGAUUGUGAUUCCCAAGUCUGUCACACCACAGCGCAUUGUGGAGAACUUCCAGGUGUUUGACUUCGAAUUGACUAAAGAGGAGAUGGCAACCCUGCUCAGCUUAAACAGAAACUGGAGGAUUUGUGAAAUGAUCACGUGCAAAAAUCUCAAGGAGUACCCUUUCAAUGCAGAAUACUGAAGGUGGUUUUAUCCUGCCCUCCUGAAGGCCUCUGGAGUGUAAUGAGCUUCUACCAUUCCCUGAAGUUGCCCACUAGCUGCACACUGUCUCUCUCCUGCCAGCAAAGGCACAGUAUAUGUAUUCAGUGACUUUGGGUUUUUCUUCUUUGGUGGAACAAAAUAGUAAAACUUUUCUGAAGAACAAAAUAUGGGCUACGAUAAUUCUCUGCUCAUUAGAUGAGUGUCUCUGCAUGGCUGAAAUAGUAAAGCAGAAAACAGAAUAACCUA